CCCUCGGCCUCCACUCUCCUGCUCUCUCUGCCCGCGUCGACCAGCGCCCAGGUCUCCACCUCCCGCUUCCCCGCGACGCGAGAGCCACCGGCGCCGCCGUCCUCGCCCGCCGCAUCCUCGCCGCAGCUUUGUUUCGAACGAAAUUUGUUCAGCUGAGGCUCCAUCCAUGCCGCCCGUUAGGUCCGCACCAGUGGCUCCUCCUCCGCCUCCGCCGCCGCCGCAGCAGAAGAAGCCGGCGGUCCCGGUGUCGAGGCCGUGGCCGAUGUCCUUCACACCGCACCCACCACCACCACCGCCACCGCCGAAGCCAGCUGUUGAAGUAAAAAAUGCCAGUCCAAAGAAAAGGAAACACUGUAACUGUAAAAACUCACGAUGUUUGAAGCUGUAUUGUGAGUGUUUUGCAGCACGUGUAUAUUGUGAUGGAUGCCAUUGUUCACCAUGUGGAAACAAGAUUGAGAAUGAAAACAUAAGGAAGGAAGCUAUUGAAACAAUUCUCCUCCGUAAUCCACUUGCAUUUCAGCCCAAAAUUGAAAAUAGUCCAAAUACUGUAACUGUUCGAAAGGAUAAUUCUGAAGCAAUACCUCCGAUACCAAAGCACAAUAAGGGCUGUCACUGCAGGAAGUCAGAGUGCUUAAAAAAGUACUGUGAAUGCUUCCAAGCAAACAUCCUAUGCUCUAAGAACUGUAGAUGUCAGGACUGUAAGAAUUUUGAAGGAAGCGAAGAGCGAAAAGCUUUAGUUCAAAUGAAAAAUGCAUCUGAUAGAAAUCACAUUCAAGAAGCAGCUAACUUUGCUCUGAAUGGUGCCACUGGAUCUUUAGGAUACAAAAAUUCUCCAGUGCGUAGGAAGAAAUAUCAAGAAAAUUCCCUUGGAGAACAAAUUUUGUCAGAAGCACAAUUUCAACCGCUUGCAUCCUCUUGCACAGGAUUUGGAGGGGAUAUUGCUAUCAAUUACCAAAGCAAAUCAUCUGAAAUGAUCUAUAGGUCUCCACUAGCAAACACUAUCCCUCUUAUUGAAGUCAAUGAUCUUGUCAAGAAUGCGUUGGUUGCGUGCAGAAAGGCACCAGAAGCAUUCCUCACAAAAGCUGGCAAUAAAGUGGAGAUGCAAGCAGAGAAGCAAUAUCAGACAAAUGAUGAAAUAAACAAUGAUAAGACCAAAGAGCAAAACUUGAAGGAAGCUUCUCUAAAGGACAUCCAAAACAAGGCCUGUAUAGAUCGUCAGAACAUUAAUGGAACAGAGCCCCAUCUAGCUAACUCUUUUAAAGAUUCUAGGCCUGCAUCACCAGGAACACAAGCACUAAUGUGUGAUGAAAUGGAUACUACAUUCGGAAAUGAGGAUUAUAGAAGUCCAUUUGUGGUGCCUUCACGUGAUCAGGAUAUUUCUGAGCUAAAUGCUGAUCAAGAAAGAAUAGUAUUGACAGGGCUGCGAGAUUAUCUUCGUGUGCUUAUCACACGUGGAAAUAUAAACGCAACCAAAUUCUCGUUAGAGACAGCAAUGGAAUUGGAUUCCCGGAGGCAUCAUGGAGCAACAACUGUUUUUUCCCAAGACAAAUCUAUGUCUUCCAGUUGUCCUGAAACCCUUGGAAAUAAUCAAACAUCUAUGUCAAAUGAUGAACAAAAGGAAAAAAGUGGAGGUUAAGUAGUAGUAUUAGAUACACACUGCACUGUAAAUGAUCACCUCUGUACAUGGAUGGAUAAGAUAGAUAGUAUAAUCCUCGUUGCCUAAUUUGGGCAACCGGCCUUUGUAGAAUCGAUCAUUGUUCAUUGAGUGUAGCAAAGCAACACUUUCACUGAUGUAUUGAUCAAUUCAAUAAAAUGUCAAUUGAUUUUUUGGGUCUUCGAAA